AUGAAGACCCAAGUAGGCAUUGGUGCUCUCUCGAUACCAGGCGCCUUUGAGAUCUUGGGUCUCGUACCGGGUGUCUUCGUCCUGUUCAUCGUGGCGAGUAUGGCGACUUGGUCGAAUCACAGGGCAGGCAAGUUCUGCCUGAAGCACGAUCAGACCUUCAGUCUCGAUCAAGCGGGCAAAAUAAUGUUUGGUGCUCCCGGGGAGUAUAUCUUACUGGCCUGUUUGAUGCUGUACUACAUCUUCACCGCUGGCUCUGCUUUGGUGUCGGUGUCGACUUGCCUGAACGCGCUGUCCGAGCAUGGAGCAUGUACUGCCGCCUUCAUCGCCGUGGCCGCCAUUCUUGCUUUCUGUUUGGCAUCUGUUCCGAAGAUCGCCCAGAUCAGCUGGUUCGCUCCUGUGGCUAUGGUGUUCAUCCUUUCAUCCCUGUUCACUGUCUCCAUCGCGGUAUCUCUGCAGCGCCCAGCUGCUGCACCCCAGACUGGCCCAUGGUCGUCAGACUACAAGUUGUUCGGUCACCCAUCAUUUCCUCAGGCCAUGGCAGCUGUGUCGACUAUCAUCUUCUCUUUCACUGGAACGCCAUACUUCUUCACCAUCUUCGCGGAGAUGAAAGUCAAGAAAGACUACUUCAAGUCCAUGUAUCUCUGCCAGUCGGUUGUCUUCAGCAUCUAUACCAUUGCCGGAAUCAUGGUCUACUACUUCUGUGGCUCGUACGUCACAUCUCCCGCCUUGGGAUCUGCCGGCCAUCUCAUUAAGAAGGUCGCAUACGGCCUUGGACUGCCCGGGCUUGCGAUCACGUCAAUGAUUGUCUGUCACGUGCCUGCCAAGACAAUAUUCCUCCGCUGCCUGGCCGGCAGCAGGCACUUAAAUUCCAAGACUUGGCAGCAUUGGACCGUGUGGUUCAGCUGCACCUCCGGCGUCGUUCUCGUCGCCUACUUGAUUGCAAGUGCCGUUCCUGGGUUUUCCAGCCUUGUCUCGUUGAUAGGCGCACUGUUCGGAACGUUGAUUGUGCUUCAGCCCUAUGCAAUGAUGUGGUGGUAUGAUGAGAGGCACAAUCAGCGUAGCAGGCGAUGGUACGCUGCUGCCGUGUGGGCAUGCUUCAUCUUUGUUGCAGGCUGUUUCUGCACCAUUUCGGGCACAUGGGGCGCUUUGCAGAAGAUCGUUCAAGCGUAUCAAGCAGAUGCCGGGUCUGUGUGGUCUUGCGCCGACAAUUCUGGCUCCAAGUAA